UCCAAUUUACAGUUUAAUAUUAGAUUUUUGUAGUUAGAACUUAGAUCGGCUUGCAGCCUUACCCAGUGAAAGAUGAAAACCCUAAGCCAAUCCAUGGAGGGAUUGAACCCAACCAAGCUCGAGUAUUACGAGGACGUUUGGAAACUCCAGUCUAAGGCCACUCUGCUCUUCUUCUUCAAGGGAGAUGAUGGUAGACGUGCUCUGAUAUUGGACUCCACGAUCUUCCAUCCCCAAGGCGGCGGGCAGCCUGCAGACACCGGUUUCAUUACAAUCGUCGAUUUGAACCUCAAAUUCACUGUGCAAGAUGUUCGAUCAAAGGAUGGAAUUGUUUUUCAUUACGGAUUCAUUGAGGGUGCUCCAGAAGAAUCGGAAUCGAAAUUUGAGGUGGGGAAGGAGGUGUUGUUGAACGUAGAUGAGUCUAGGCGAAAGCUCAAUUCAAGGCUUCACUCCGCUGGUCAUUUGCUGGAUGCAUGUAUGCAGCAUGUGGGGUUAGCACAUAUGGAGCCUGGAAAAGGUUAUCAUUUUCCUGAUGGGCCCUUUGUUGAAUACAAAGGCACUGUGCCACAAAAUGAAUUGCUAAGAAAGCAAAACGAACUGGAGUUGGAAGCUAAUGCUUUAAUAUCUAAGGGAGGGAAAGUUUCUGUUGCUGUGUUGCCGUAUGAAGAAGCUGCUCUGCUCUGUGGUGGUUGUCUUCCUGAAUAUAUUUCCAAGGGAAGCUCCCCUCGUAUUGUGAAGUUAGGGGACAAUCCUGGCUGUCCUUGUGGUGGUACCCAUGUUUCUGAUAUAUCAGAGAUCUUGAGUUUGAAGGUUCCUCAAAUUCGGACAAAGAAGGGGCUGACGAAGGUUUUUUACCAUAUUGGUAUUUAAGGGGCUUGACAAAGGGUUUUUGCCAUGUUGGUGUUGAAAUUUUCACAAUAUAUAUCAUUAUAAAUCUGCUACUUUUAGUGAGUUAAAAAGUAUAUGACUGUCUAUCAAUCAGGUGGUGGUGGGGAGACAGAUACAGCUACCAAAUUCAGGGGCUGCAGGCGUCUUGGGUUUCUGCAACACUCCUGUGUCCCCACCAUAUCUUGGUCUUAUUGAAUGGUGUGGGAAAUUUGAACCCUAAUUUUAGUUACUGCAAAGUGUCCCGUCUCAAUUUUAUUUCUUUAAAUAUUAUAAAAUAGUUUUCUCACAAAGCAUUUUAAGUUUCCAAAAAAUGAAGAAUCGAUCGAUCACGAUGAAGAAUCGUCGUGAUCAAUUGCAGUACAAUUAUCGUAUUAGUUUGGUGUAUUGUUGU